AUGCGGCGGCACUGCCGAAAGGAGGAAGGCUGGUUCUGCCUCGUGAACCCCAAGGUGGAGAAGCACAUGAUCGUCACCGCGUCCACGGACGUGUACAUCGCCACCGCGCGUGGCCCUGUGAACUCCUACCAUGUGCAGGUCCUGCCCGUGAAGCACGCGCCCUGCUUCGCCGCUUGCCCCCCGGACCUGCAGAAGGCUUUGCAGGUGCAGAUGGCCGCCUUGCGGAAGAUGUUUCUCGACGCAGGGCAGGAGUGCCUGAUUUGGGAGAGAUGGAUUCCCAUGGGCCUAUCCGCAGCCAACCACAUGCAGAUCCAAGUUCUGCCCAUCGACCAGGCCCGCGCAGACCUCAGUGGAGGUUGUGCUCAGGCAAACCCGCGGAGAGCGAAAUGGUCUGGGGACCUGUCCGCUGGCUUCAGGAAUUCGGAUGGCACGGUCGUGUCUCGGCCGGGAGGGGAGGCGAUGCCAUGGGACCGCGUCCUGGUGAACUUCGUCCAAUGCAGGCCGCAGAGCGUCAGAGACUCCAUGCGGAGGGUGGGCUGGCGAGAAUGUGAGCAAGGGGAGGACUGGGAUGUGGCCUGGGCGGACACCACGGCGGCCUUGUACCGGGCGGUGCUCACGCUGAAGCCCUUCCAGCGGGUGAACCACUUCCCGCUGAUGCAGAUGCUCUGCCGCAAGGACUUGUUGGCGCAGCACCUGCGGUCCAUGCAGCAGCUCUGCCCCUCCGGGGCCAAGGAGUUCAGCCCCUCGGCGGGCGCAGCUCUUCUCUUGGACGUGCCCGAGGACGCGCUUCAGCAAUGCGUGGCUCUGGCGGCCAUUUCGCACUGCCCAAAGAGGAGCAAGGUGGGGUUUGCGCGCUCGCUGGGCAAGAGCACGCCCAGCGCCCGGAAGAGCGGAGUUUGGAAGGAGGACACGCCGCUCGUGGAGGAGUCUGGGUGUCCGCGCAAGGCCAUCCCGGGGCUGGUGAGCUUCUUGGAGGACUCCACGGACUCGGAGAUGGCCAGUGAGGACUGCUGGACGGAGGAGGAGUCGACGGAACGCUGCUGCGGCUUCCGGUUUCUGGGCCGCCCUGUCAGCAAGAAUUACGUGCAGAUUAUGCCUGCGGAGGGGGAUGCUGCAGGGAUUUGGCAGGAGAUCCAGGCUGGCGCCGCGAGGCUGGCCAAAGGCUGGACCGCGGCCCGGCCGCAGAGCCAGCCUCCCGGGGAGAAAGCUCCAGGGCCCAAGCCGCGAAGGGCCAGCAGCCGGCCUGUGACGACACCCAGGGCAAAGCGGAGCUUAACACCGGCAUGCCAGAACCAGCGAAGGGACGCGCUUCCUAUGAGAGCUGCACAGGUGGCAUAUUGA